AGCUGCAGAAAAUGCAAAGUCGCACCAACAACUCAUGGUCCCAAUGACGCCAUCAUCGCUGGACAACUACAGCGAGCACAUCGGGCAGGUGUCGCGCAUGAACGGUUUCAAUAGAUUCGCUUCAUCGACCACAGCAUUACCCACAAUGCAACAAUCAAGUCAUGUGACUUCUCAGAUGAAUUUCAAUCGAAAAGAAAACAAGGGAUUGGAUUAUUCGUACGAUUGUCGCGGUUCAACGAAUUCACCCAACGUAGCUACUUACCCAGUGUUACCUCACAAUCAACCUCGAGCUAACUGUGAUGUCACAAUCAGCCCAAUGACAUCACAAACCAACACUGCAAAUGCGACAGUUUCACCCAGCAACAGCGGGGGUUACUCUGGGUCAAGUUUUGCCCCGAUCACAACCGCUUACGCUCCGACAGGUGAGUUUGUGGAUUAUGGAUAUCAACAAUACAAUCAACACUGGAAGUUUGGCCAACAACACCAUAAUGAUGGCAACACUGGUAAAGUUUUGAAUCUUCGAGGUAAAGAACAUCCGGCAACACUGGAGAUGGUCAGCGCUCAAUAAUCACCUUUGUUCUUCACCAUUGUGUUCGUUUGUGACGUCAUACCCGUUUGUCUUCAAUUGUUACGUCACCACCUGCUUCAUUUUUAUAUUAUUUCUAUGUCGCACUGCCACUAAAUGCUACGAACCGAAGCCACCACUAGGUAGCGAUAGAUGUUCAUCAUUGUUUCGUAAUAAACAUUUUUGUACAAAUUA